AUGGACGACGUCGACCUGGAGCGUGUCCCGCUCUUUGCGGAGCAGGACGCCGGGGCUGCAGCACAGCUCGCUGAGCUGCGCUCGCGUCGGCCGUGCUCUACUGGGAUGUCCAACUGCUCGUAUGACACGCCCAACCUGAGCAGCCUUGGCCCGAGCGGCGCGGUAUUUCUGGGUGCUCACGUUCCUGCGUCCGUCUGCACGCCCUCGCGCUACGCCAUCCUGACGGGCCGGCUUCCCUCCUCGGCGCCAUUCAAUGCAGCCACGGCACGGGGACGGUUUGGCGACGUCUCCUGGAACACCUACCUGCGCUGGUCUGGAGGGUACCCAUGUCCGGCGCCAAGCGGUGCAGGGUGCACGCGCGCGUCCGGCACGCUCGGCAGCCUGCUGCAGCGCAGCGGUUACUUCACUGGGUUUGUGGGCAAGUUCCACCUGGCGCGCCGCCCGCACAGCAUGGAGGAGUUCAUGCGAGGGGAGCACGGCCGAUUCGUGACGGGAGAGGAGAUGACGCCCGAAGCUGUCGCUGCGAAUGAUGCUCUCUCCGCGGGCUACGGCGCCACCGUCAUCGAGCUCGAAGCAGCGGUGCGCGAGGCGGGCUUCAACUUCAGCGGUGCGGUCGAGUCGGGCAACGUCAUCGACUCGCAGCACCUCGGCCUCGGCGUGCACAACGCCGAGUGGGAGGCGGAGGCAGCGCUCCGCUUCCUGCAGACCGCAUCGUCUCACCUCACCUCCCGUGCCGCCGCGGGCUUCUACCUGCACUUCUGCACCACUCUGACGCACGCGCCGGGAGCGUACGGUGGCCUGUGCGCCGAUGAGCGGCUAUGCGAGGGCGGGCUGCUCUCGGCGCCGCCCGACAGCCCUUCGCAUCGGAUGCCUCCCCGGUCGUCGCUGCUCGCGCUUGCAGGGAGUCAGCCGUGCGGUUGGGAGGAGUACGAUGCGCCGCACACCGCUUGGAUGGACGCGCAGGUGGGAGCCGUCUUGGCCGAGCUGCGGUCGCUGCAACUCGAGCAAGACACACUGCUCAUCGCCCUCUCCGACCACCAGCGAUACGGGAAGGGCGCGCUCUACCACGGCGUGCGCACUCCGAUGAUGCUGCAGUGGCCCGCGCGCAUCGCGCCAGGCCAGACGUUCGCCGCACACACCCUCGUCUCGAGCCUCGACCUUGUGCCGACUGUUCUCGACGCGGCGGGCCUUUUGUCGCGGGGCGUCCCGGCCAACGCAGGGGGGCCACUGGACGGUCGAUCACUCCUGCCGCUGCUUGAAAAGCGCACGCUACCAGGCAUGAGCGCCGGAGACGCCCGUGAUAGCGCGGACGACCUCGUGAAUUCGCCCUGGCGCGAGGCGCUCUGGCUGGAGCUCGGCUUCUCCACUUCAGUCAAGCACCGGACGGGGUGGCAGCUGGUUUCGACGGUAUUUCCGCCGUCUCUGGUGCUCAACGUGCCGCAGGCGCGGCACACGCCGUUCUAUCAGGCCGUCCGCUGCGAUUGGCAGCGGCUCGGACUGCAGGACGGAGGGUUCACUCACGCGAGGGAGUGCCAUUGGAGAGAUAGCGGCGCAAACCUCAGCCUGAGUGUGUUUGGCCUCGCGGCGAGCCGCUUCGACGACGAGCACCUCUACCCGCAGUACAGUGCACCCGACGCGUUGGUGCAUACCAUUGCCGACCGACAGAUGGCCACGGUCUGGCAGCACACUUGUCCGCGUCAGAUGGCGUGCAUGCAGCUGUUGCUCCGCGAGCGCGCCCUUGCCCGCACCGACUUUGAUGGCGCACCAAUUGCCUUUGGGAUCUACACAGCAACGGCCGAGGAAUGGGCGCUCUUUCACUCGGGGACGUGCGAUACUCGUGUGCUCUCGUUGCCCCCGCAGCGGUGCAAUGCAUCGCUUUCUGCCGAAGAUGGCCGAGGAAACGCCACG